UCUCUUCUGUGUGGUACCUAUCUGUUUGCAGGUCCUAUUGUAAGUGGAAUGACCAAUAAGUUUGGAUGUAGGCCAGUAAUAAUAGCCGGUAGCCUGAUUGCUACUGUAGCCUUCAUACUAGCCUGCUUCUCCACGAGUUUGGUCAUGCUCAUCAUCACCUAUGGUGUCAUUGGAGGGUUUGGACUGGGUAUGAUCUAUCUCCCCGCCAUUGUCAGUGUGGGCUACUACUUUGAGAAGAAACGAGCUUUUGCCACAGGCAUAGCUGUGGCUGGAUCAGGGCUCGGGACUUUCAUCUUCCCACCCCUCAGUGAAUUUCUGAUCAAUGAGCUUACCUGGCAAGGGGGUCUCUUAAUCAUCGCAGGGAUAAUUUUAAACGGCUGCCUCUGUGGGGCAUUAAUGAGACCCUUGAAGCCACAGAAACCUAAACCUAGAGAUAAACCUAGGUCUAAAACCUUGCUGGACAGGAUCAAAGAGAACACGCACAGAGAAAGAACGGUCUCCGAGCUGGGGGACACGACCACCAUCCUGCAAGGGGUCAUGCAGGCUAAACUUAACCGCGAAAAAAAUUUGCAAGACAAUGACUCAGACCUCGGCUCUCUGCCGAGCCUUGCGUUUGUGAAUCAAACGGACGGUACGUCUGACCAUCGGAGGUAUAGUGCUGCCAUCACCAUCGCGCCUGACCCCAGCAACCAAAAACUGUCCGUCAGCAGUGCCGGAGAUUCCGCAGUGACCAGCUCCCCCGCCAGGGAUGUGGCCAGUUCCCCUGGUUCACAGGUCACACCCAGGGUGCAGUCACCCAGCUCUGGGCAGGAGUCGGAGAAGGAAGAUUACAGGGAUGGGAAGAUUUCUCCAGACCCAGAGAGUGAAGCUAAAAUCUCUGAGGUGGCCGAAUCAGUGGCCACUGGUGCGUCAGAUUACUUCACACCUCCUGUGUCUCCGUCAACGACCACCCCCAACAGCCCUGUACAUGAAGCCAGCAGCUCCGGCUCCUCUCCUGUCAAAUCUGUGCAAGAGGAUCCUAAGGAAGAAUUACAAAAAAAAUCAACACAUCGCCAACAGAGUAAUGGCGCCGUACCCGCCAGUGACUUCGCCCCCCUGUUGGAGGUACCUGCUCCUGUUUUCAAACCGAGCGGCUCAAAGACCGGCAGCUACGGUGGCAGCCGUACCAGCAUGCUACACAUCCACAGCAUCAACUCGCUCCACGUCUCCAAGAAGGACCUGUCCCGUCCCAUGUACCGCAAGGACAUCUUCUACAGCGGCAGCGUCCUGAACAUUCCGGAAUACAAGUCUCAGACGGACAUCCGCAGCUUCAUCACCAGCAUCACCACCAUCCCCGGGGAGAUGGAGUUUGUGGACGGGCCAAGCCCGUCCUCGCGGUGCAUCAACAGCCUGUGCAGCUUCCUGCCGCGGUCCGUGCGGGACAUUUUGAGCGAGAUGGUGGACAUUUCCCUGUUUAAGGAUAUCAGCUUCAUGCUGAUUUGCUUGGGGAACAUCACUGCCUUCUUAGGGUUUUAUAUUCCGUUCAUGUUUCUGGUAGAUAGGGCGGUCCUGCUGGAUGUUGAUAAAUCUAAUGCAGCAUUUCUGAUCUCCAUAAUAGGUAUAACAAACACAGUAGGUCGAGUCAUUGUUGGCAAACUGGCAGACCUUCACAUCAUUGAUAGUCUUAUCAUCACCUAUGUAUCCAUAGCAUUGUGUGGGUUGGUUGUUGCUGUUGUUCCAUUCUGUAACACCUACCCUCUCCUGGCAACCAAUGCAGCUAUCUUUGGCCUCGGCAUGGCUGCCUUUAUUUCCCUGUCGUCCAUUGUAAUCUGUGAUCGUAUGGGACUGGAAAAGCUAACCAAUGCCUUUGGGCUUAUGUCUAUGGUGCGUGGCAUCGCUGGAAUGGCUGGUCCUCCAUUAGCAGGUUUCCUGUACGAUGCCACGGGCGAUUACGAUCUGUCUUUCUACAUCGGGGGUCUGCUCCUGUUUGUUGGCGCUGCCUGCCAUUGUCUUCUGCACCUCCCAUGCCUAAAGCAGGAUCCCAAAGUUACCAACACAACCGUAGAAGCGCCACCAGAUGAAAUUCUAGAACUUAUAGGCUCCAAACCACAGAUAAUUACAGUGGACGAGGCGUUAUCAGCAGUAUGAUUUAAAGAAUAAACAAUUUAUUUUUAAUUACAGAGGAUAAAACAUUAUCAGCAGUAUAAUUUAAAGAAUAAAUAAUUAAUUUUCAAUUACCGUGGACAAAGAAAUAUCAACAGUAUAAUUUUAAAAAUAAACUAAUAAUGUUUAAUUACAGUGGACAAAGCAUUAACAACAAUAUUAGGCUUAUAAUUUAAAUCAUUAACAAUUAAUUUUCUUUAAAGAGGAAAAUUGUACAAAUCUGUUAACACUGGUGCUGCACUGACUUCUUCUUACUCUAUAUAGACCUAUAAUUUUAAUAACAAUGAAAUGUGUUAGUAACCAAUAUAGCUUUACAACAAUUUUAAUAGCUUUUCGAAACUCUAAUAUCAUGGAUAUUAGAAAUUUAUAAUCCAAAAAGUUUCAAAUUUGCAAUAAUAGUUAGUGAACAAAUUAAUGACUUAAAUUUAUGAGUAGAUAAUGAAAUUAUCAACUGUUAAAAAAUAAUAUUUUAAAGCCAAUUAACAGAUAAAAAUUUGUUUACACCAGUUAUAAAUUAUAAAGGUUAUAAAUAAAAAUAAAAGUAUUCACUGCUGAGGAAAAACUCAUUUAACAAAAUACUUGUUUACUUUGUAAUUGCUCAUUAUUAAAUCAUAUCAUUGGUUUUUUUUAAUCAGGGAAGAAAAGGGUAUUCAAUUGUUUAUAGACAGAUCAGAUUGUUUAAUAGUACUGAUUGUGGAAGAUUGUAUGCAAGUGUGUAUUCAGUGUUUUUUUGUGAGUGGUUUAAAAAUUAAUGCAAGCUGUGUCAGUUGUUAAAGUUUAUGAUUAUUUUGGUUUUAUCCUUAGUUUUUGUUUUAUAUUGUUUCAUUGAUUGUUUUCAUAUAGCUUUCAGUACGGAGUAUUGAACUUCUGAAAUGUUUAAUGCAAAACAAUGCAUCAAACAGAUUUAGCAAUAUUUUGUUUUAAGGUUCAAAUUUAUAUCCAAGCUUCUGCAUUUAGUUAUUUUAAAUUUUUAUUUACAAAUAUGAAUUCAAUUUUUGUUUUAUACAAAUCUUAAAAAAAAAUCGUUUCAAUACCUUAAUGUUUAGUUCCCAGUUUACAUAAAGAUCACAUAAUGUAUUAUUUGCAAUUAAUUAAAAUGUGUAUACAAAAUGUUCAUACUUAUCUUUUACCUUGCAUUCACUAUUACAAAAUUGUCAAAAAGACCAAUUUUGUUUAAUUUUUAAAGAUUUGCUUUGCUUUUAGAAGAUUGACAACUUUAGCGUAUGAUAAAAAGUGUCAUAUUUGAUGUAAUAUAAAUUGAUUAUUAUCAAAUUAUAUUUGAUAUAUAAAUAGUUUAAUACCAUCUAUACUAAUGGCAGCUUCAAGAUUUCCUAAACAACCAAGCUAUAUAAUUUUUUUAAAAUUUAAACUAAAUCAAACAGUAUAUUUUGUUCAAAAUUUUCUCAAUUUUAAAUAAAUGGCAAUAUAUAAACAGAUUUUUCAAAACUAUCAAAAUUGGUCCCUUAUCCCAUCUUUACAGUGUGUUUGCUGUAUAUAGUUAAAAAUUCAUGUAAUGCAUAAUUGUAAACAAUAAUUAAAUUCAUGUAUGAGUUUUUGUGCGUUCUAACAGUAAACUUAGAAUUUUAAAAACAGAUUUAAAUAUUAAAUUAGAUUUCUUUAAAAAUACAAUGGUUAUAACAUUACUUUGCAUAAAACGUUAAAAUUUUAGCUAUAUACAAUUUUAUUCUUUGCAUUUACAUUUUAUUUGUACAUAUUUUUAAUGAAAUUACAAUAAUAUAAUUUCAUUCUUCAAGUCCCCAUAAUCUACACUGUUUUUUUUAUUAUCAUUCUAAUACCAUUGUUAUGUAUACAAACCCUUCCUGUUGUCUAUUUUUUGUUUAGAAAAUUUAAUAUUGUGAUAAAAUUCAUGAUUCCAUUCUUCAGUAAAAUCUUUAAAGAUUUUUAAAAAUAAAUAUUGUUUUUGUGUACCCAGAUUCAUUGAUUUUUAAAUUUUAUUUUACGUCAAUUCUGUUGUUCUUUUAAUACAUAUUUACUUUUUUGUUUAAUGUGUUUACAGUUUUAAAAUAAUUUCAGUUGUUUUAUUUUUAAACUUAACUUUUUUUUUUUUACUUUUGUUAUUAUUACAAUAUUGUUUGUAUUAGAUGUAAAAACAGUAGCAAUGAUCUGUAGAUUAUUUCAUUAUCUAACAAUUUAAUAGAGGCUAAUAGAACUUCGUAACAAUGGGUUUGAUGUAUUGAUGCUUAACUCAUUGUUCCUUCUAUCAGCAUGAUGCCAUAGGCUUUAAUAAUACAGUAUUGUUUUAAAUGAUAGUUUAUCCUUCAAACUAGCCAUUUCUUUUACUCUUUUAACAAAAAUAAUGUCAAUAAAAAUUUUUAAUUGUUUCCUACUUAUAUCAUAAACAUAUUUUGUAAUUUGGUUAAAUCAUGAUUUGAUAAAAAAGAAAUGCAUUAAUUGUUGUAGCAUUGUCUUUCAUGUUGAUCAUUAUGGAAUUUGGAUUAACCCAAAUGUUUAAUUAAAUAAUAAUUAACAAGUAUCAUACGCCUGCCACUAAUUUAAAUAGUAUAGUCUAGUAAAUAAGUAGAUCUAUACUAUAAGGCUUGAUUGAAUUAAAACAUUUUGUAUUUUUAUUAUUAUCAAUAAAAAUCUUUCUAGAUCUAAUAUAAUAUAUAUCAAAUAGCAUUCAAGUUCAUCAAAGUUAAAAUAUUUUUGUUAUUUUUAUUUUAUUUCUUGUAAUUUUCUUUGUUCAGUUGAUUGAGUGGGGAAAAUUAGAAAUAGCUCUAGGAUCUAGUAUCUAGCUUUUGUUAGAACUUAAUCAAAGGGCGCUAACUGCCGUUAACUGCGUCCUUAGUUACUUAAAUAGGUGAUUUAGUGGCCAGAUUUCAUACGUUUGAAAAGCCUAUUCUUAUUAUUAAAACUGUGAGAAACUGUUGUACGUUUUGUAAACAAACUAAAAUGUUUUGUUACUUUUUCACGUUUCUCCUAUUCCUUACAGAAAAUAAAAAAAUGUUUAUUAUA